CGGGAUGGAGCCUCUGGCUGGGCUUCAUCGAGGGUGGGAGUGGGAGACCAACUUCCCUUCCAGCCUGAGCCACCUAUAUCAAACGCUCCAACCUGUAGAAGGUGGAGGUCUUUAAACGACGGCCAACGGGACACGGUGGUUAUCUCUGUGGCCUGUCCUUGCUACAGCAAAGGGAUAGCAAAGAGGCAUUAGGCCUUUUAGAAAUAUUUCCGCCAUGUCUGACACUCAAGAAGCUACCAACCAACUCCUGGAUAUGAACCUUCAUGAGGAGAGCGAGAAGCCUGUGCCCACAAUGGAAGGUGGCAUCAGAAGUGAGUCUGAGCAUCUCCAGGUCACUAUUGGAGCCACUGUACCCACUGGCUUUGAGCCAACAGCUGCAGAUGAAGUGAGAGAGAAACUGAAGUCACCAUGCAGAAUCAGCAAAGACCGGGGCAAGAUAUAUUUUGACAUUGCAGUGGAAAGUCUGGCUCAGGUUCAUUGUCUGAGAUCCGUUGAUAACUUGUUUGUGGUUGUUCAGGAAUUUAAGGAUUACCAGUUCAAAAAUACAAAGGAAGAAGUUCUAAAGGACUUUGAAGAAUUGGCUGGAAAGCUCCCAUGGUCUGACCCUUUAAAAGUCUGGCAAAUUAACACUAGUUUCAAGAAGAAGAAAGCAAAGCGCAGAAAGGCAAGUCAGAGUGCAGGUCAAGAGAAGGCCAACUGUGGCCAAGGAGACAAAGCAGAAGAGACAGGCGGUAAGAAGCUUUCCAGCAGCACUUCAGAAUCACAUAUCUUGGACUAUUAUGAAAAUCCAGCCAUCAAAGAAGAAAUAUCAACCUUAGUGGGCGAUGUCUUGGCAUCUUACAAAGAUGAGAUUGGUGAAUGCUUAAGAGAAGAAACUGAGCCACAAGUACAGAAGUUUAGAGUCACCUGCAACAGAGCAGGAGAGAAACAUUGCUUUACCUCAAAUGAGGCUGCGAGGGAUUUUGGGGGUUCUGUUCAAGAGUAUUUUAAGUGGAAAGCUGAUAUGACCAACUUCGAUGUAGAGGUUCUCCUGAACAUCCAUGAUAAUGAAGUCAUUGUUGGCAUUGCAUUGACAGAGGAGAGUCUCCAUCGCAGAAAUAUUACACAUUUUGGACCAACAACUCUUAGGUCAACUCUUGCCUAUGGGAUGCUCAGGCUCUGUGAACCUAAACCUACUGAUGUAAUAGUGGAUCCAAUGUGUGGAACAGGGGCAAUACCAAUAGAGGGUGCUACUGAGUGGUCUCACUGUUACCAUAUUGCUGGGGACAACAACCCACUGGCAGUGAACAGAGCAGCAAAUAAUAUAUCAUCUUUAUUAACUAAGAGCCAGAUUAAAGAUGGAAAAACAUCCUGGGGUUUGCCCAUUGAUGCUGUGCAGUGGGAUAUAUGCAACCUCCCACUGAGAACUGCUUCUGUGGAUAUUAUUGUAACAGAUAUGCCAUUUGGAAAAAGGAUGGGCUCCAAGAAGAGAAAUUGGAAUCUAUAUCCAGCUUGCCUUCGGGAAAUGAGCCGUGUCUGUAGACCAGGGACAGGCAGAGCUGUACUGCUUACUCAGGACAAGAAAUGUUUUACCAAGGCAUUAUCUGGAAUGGGACAUUUGUGGCGAAAGGUCCAUACGGUCUGGGUGAACAUCGGGGGCCUUCAUGCUGCAGUUUAUCUUCUAAAACGCACAACUCAAGUCUUUAUUCAUCCUUCAGAACAAGAUGGAGAAAGAUACCCUCCUUGGUAAAAGGAAAAAAUGAAGAGGACUGUAGUAUUUAAAGUUCCUAAUGCUGGACAUGCAGCAUAAAGAACUUGCUGUGGAAGAAAAAUAGCAGAAAAGUAACUUAGUAUUACAGUCUUUACUGCUCAACUAUUCCAGACGCUUUUUUGUUAACAAGGUGAAGAAGGUAAUGGUAAUUCCUGAGAGGCCUACAUUGCUUGGCUUCUAGGUUUGAGAACACUUCAGGCCAUGUUCUGUCAGCUGUGCAGCCUACUGUUCUGUAGCCUAAAUUCUUUAUGACACACUCAGAAACUAAAGCAUCCCUGCAGACCUACAGUUUACCAUCUGCCUUAAAAUAAAUACAACCAAAACAGGACAUUACUAAGUAGUAGAAGCAUCAGUAGAAGAAGUAUGGGACCAAAAAAGCCAAAUAAAAGGAAUUUUUCUUUUAGUAUAUGUAUUACUUUUCAAAGCCCAAUAAACAAAUAAUAAACUAAUCCUGUUAGUAUUUGUGGGAGAGCUAAUGUAUGUUGUUAUUCCUGCCUAGCUCAUUGUUCAGUUGUACCAAAUCCUUCUUCAGGUAGUACUAUGGGAAAUGAAAUAACCUCAGCCCUGCUUGAGCUUUGAUAGGAAGUUAUUUUGGGAGUCUGCCUUCAUCCAGCUUAGAUUUUCAGUAUGAUAUUUCUAUUUAGAAUAAAGGACAAAGUACUUCCUUUCUUUGAAAACAGAAUCCACAUUGACAGCAUAGUCAGUAGCCAAUUGGCUUCUUGGAAUUACUAGAGAAUGAACUGAGAUUAUGAAAUCUGUAAAGGUUUUAUGCCCUAGGUGGGCAUUUUUGCAAUUGCCAAAAUACAUUAUUGGUUUAACAUAAACUUAAAAGUCCAUCUUUGACAAAAGAAACCAUUUAAAUCUCAAAAGUAAGCUGGUCAGAGCCAGAAUGUGCAAGGGUAGUUAACUAUUUUCAUCACCAUUUACCAAGUUCCUGAUACAGAUUUCCCAAUGAGCAUUUAAUAUUUACUGAACAAAUCAACUAGUUUGUUUUUUGGAGACAGGGUUUCUAUGUGUAGUCCUGGCUGUCCUGGAACUACAUUUGUAGACCAGGCUGGCCUUGAACUCACAAAGAUCCAACUGCCUCUGCCUCCUCAGUGCUGGGAAAGGCAUGUACCAGCACUGCCCGGCCUGAACCAGUACUUUUUAUGCUAAAUUCUCAACUAAUACACCAGAUUUUUGCUUGAUUCAUCACAAAAAACCUGACUGAAGACACUGCAAAUGCAGUGAGUACUGCGUCUUCAUCUCUGGUUAGUAAAUUGCUAGUCUGGUUACUAGAAUUAAAAAGUGAACUAUGAGCAGCUUCCCCCAAGUUAAGGUUUUGCCACACAGCCUGGCUGGCCUCUUCCUCCCCUCCUAGGUGUUGGAAUUAAAAGCAUACAGUAACAUGCCAGGUGAUCUUAUUUUUAAAUUGUAUUUGUGUGCAGGAGCCUGUGGAAGCUAGAAGCUGGAGUUAACAGGCCUGGUAGUGUGGGUGACAUGGUCUGAACUUAGGCCCUUUCCCACGCAGUCUUGGCUCCACUGUCUCAUCUGCCCCCCACCCCCUGCUUUUCCUUUUGCCCAGGGUAGUUCUUGGUUGUGAAGGUGUAACCAUUUAAAAUGCCAGUUCAGUUUUAGCCCAAGUUCUUACUUCCUCUUUUGUGAUCACUUAAAGUAAUAGUCUUUUCCUCUAAAACCUGGCAGUCCAGUGUGCCUAGUACCAGUCUUUUAAGGAGUCAUUGUUUACCAUGUACAUCUUGCUAAAGAAGCCAUUUCUCAAAAUUUAAUUCUUACCCAUUCUUAAAAUUUUGAAACUCUAUAAGUCUGCAUUUAUGUUAGGAUUUGGGGGGGGGGGGGUGUCAGCUGUUUAAGACUGGACUGGGUAUUGGCUCAGUGAGAAUACUAACCUAAGAAUUUGCAACUUUGAAUUUCUGGGUUGAGGCCCAGGUAGUUUUUAUCUUCUAAAUUCAAUUGAUAAGGGGAUAGGCAUUAGUCAGUUGGAAAGCACUCUAUCAUGGAGGUAUUACACACCUUCCAGUAGUUUGUCCAGCUCCACUUCGCUAUGACCAUUAAUAACUAAGUUCUUGUGUUCCUAACAAUGUACAGGUCUGCCCAAUUCUGACCUUUACCUCAAAGUUUGGUCCCCUUUGGUUUACACCACAAAUGAGUGGCACUGUGCCAAGGCAUUGCGGCUCUACCCACUGUUUUUCCCCAUUAGGAUAAAUGUCAAUAUAGUUGUUCCAGAUAGGCAUGAGAUUAAAAAGUUGUUCCACAUCUUGACUACUUUAGGACAUAAGUUUAUUGCCAAGUUUUCACAUAAAUACAAGCACAGUAAUAAGUCCAACCAUGUUUGUAGCUUCAUCUAGUUCUAAAGUGUUACAUAUACAUCCAUGAAUUAUGGAUUAGUUUGUAUUUGUGGGGAAAUCUUUACUAUAACGUUACUGUACUGCUCAAAAGAAACAAUAUGAGCAUUUCUUUUUAUCUGGCAGAUACAAAGCAAUGUUAAUUGUAUGAUUCCUAAAUUCUUAGCUAUUAUACAUUUCUCCAGCAAGUAGUCUCCUUCUGAAACACUUCAGCUUCUUAAUUUCUAGUUUGAAGCUUCUGACAGUUUUGUUUUAUGGGACACCAAAAGCCUGCAUUUAAAAUAUUCAGUAGCGUUCACUCACUGGAAUGACUCCUUUCAAAAUGACUCCACAACACAUCUGGUGCCAACACUAUUCAAAGUGUGCU